GUCUCUAACUAGCAAAACAACCGAACAACGUGAGAAGUGUACUUUCCAAACUGUUCGGAAACCGAAACGAUCCGGUGUUCGAGCGGAAAUUUUACACUUUCUGUUUUCCCAAAAGGAAGUGGGUCUGUGAAUGUGGCUGGAUGAGUUAUGAUGGAGAGCAGAGAUGAUGAAGAGGUUACAAAUGGCCAUCACAUUCAGCAGCCUAAUGCUGCUGAACAUUCUUCCAGUUCAACACGUGGAAAUCCAAACGGUAUUAUAUCUUCCACAGAGAUGGAUGUGGAGGAGGAUGACAUCUUUAAACACUCCACUACUUUGACCAACAAGCAGCGUGGGAAUGAAGUAACAGUACGUCCAGCAACAUUAGACUCUCUGUCCAUACAUCAGCUGGCAGCUCAGGGUGACGUUUUGCAAGUGGCUGCACAUCUAAGUAAAGACGGCUCAGUGCUCACCACGCAGGAUGAUCGGGGUUUUACGCCCCUCAUGUGGGCGGCUGCAUUUGGAGAAAAAGCUAUGGUGGACUUUCUCUUGGAAAAGAAAUAUAUUUUAAAGGGUGCGGAUCCCAAUACAAUUGCAAGGGAGCGAGAGAGCGCCCUGACUCUGGCCAGCUCUGGCGGCUACGUGGACAUCGUCGAGUCUCUCCUCAGACAUGGAGUGGACAUUAACACCUACGACUGGAAUGGUGGAACUCCUCUUCUUUAUGCUGUACGAGGGAACCACAUCAAAUGUGUAGAAGCUCUACUUGGGAAAGGAGCAGAUAUGACCAUAGAGUCAGACUCUGGCUACAGUCCAAUGGCCUUAGCUGUUGCACUUGGACACAAAAAACUUCAGAAAGUGUUGGAGGACCACAUCCUGAAACUCUACAAGCCAACAUGACGUCAAAUAAACCCGUAGAAACAUUAGGCAGAAGACGCUUUGCUCACAUCAAUGCAACAUUUAGAGGGUAAAAACAUCCGUCACAUCGACAAAACACAACAGAAGAUAGAAAUGUAAAAUGGAUUUAUUUAUGCACUUACAGUUUAAAAAA